AGGAAAGAAGAAGGCAGAAGCCACAACACCUGAAAGUUCUAAAGCUGUGAUCAUGGGAGGUGAUGCAUAGCCCGACAUUUUGGACACAAAACCAAUCUCCCAUCAUGGACAUGGAGAGAAUGGUCUCAUGUUCUCACUUGGGAGGGCUACAAAUAUGACGUUGCUCUGUUCCAAGUCUUUUUGGAAGGACACCUUCCAACUCAUUCAGGAGAGGUGGGAAGAGUGGCUAGUAUAAUCUGCCAGGGAAAACGAGGGAACAUGAGGACUCCAGCUGGUGUCUCCCUGUGGAAAUACUUCACCUGUAUGGAUUAACAAUACGGGGGCUUUUCCACAAUCAUCAAGAGGUUGUCAGAUUUUUUUUAAUGACAAUAUAUUGUCCGAGGGGAUGUGGCAUCCGGUGAACUGCCCCUGAGCUUUUUUGGCCGACGUACCUGCCCUUCUCUGUGGCUACCAGUGACAAUGCUGAACGAGCCUGCAAAACCACAGAGAUCAGCGCCCAGACCCACAUUAAGACCCGCUGGAAACUUUACAGCACUAUGUCCCAGUCAGAUGUGGCUCCACUGGCGGUUAACGGCUCACUAUCAGAAGCCUCUGGGGUUCAGCUGAAGUGGGCUGCCCUGCUUAUUGUUAUGGUCAUCAUUCCCACCAUUGGCGGAAACAUCUUGGUCAUCCUCGCUGUGUCAACUGAGAGGAAACUGCAGAAUGCCACCAACUACUUCCUGAUGUCCCUUGCUGUGGCUGAUUUACUGGUGGGACUCCUGGUGAUGCCAAUUGCCCUGGUCACUGUUCUCUACAAUUCUGGGUGGCCCCUUCCAGACUUCAUCUGUCCUAUUUGGCUCUUUCUGGAUGUGCUGUUUUCAACUGCAUCCAUCAUGCACCUGUGCGCCAUCUCACUGGAUCGCUACAUUGCCAUCAAGAAACCCAUACAGCACAGCCAGUACAAAUCCAGAGCCAAGGCCAUGGCCAAGAUAGCACUGGUGUGGCUUAUAUCCAUUUGUAUAGCAAUCCCUAUUCCAAUCAAGGGGCUCCAGAACUACCAACCCAGAAACAACAUCACCUUCAACAGUAACCACACAUGCUUGCUUAAAACGGACACCUUCCGUGAAUUCAUCAUGUUUGGGUCCAUGGCAGCAUUCUUUGUUCCAUUGAUCAUAAUGAUGGUGAUCUACCUUCUUACUGUCCACGUGCUGCGCAAAAAGGUUUAUUUACUCAGGUCAAAGGUGAUUCAGCGCUUCAGCUACCUGGCAGUGUCCACAGUAUUCCAAAGGGAACAUCCUGGGACUGCUAAUCAAGUUGACCAGUUUCAUGUGCUGGACAGAAGAUUUCCAAGGAUGCAAGAAAACCCCAAUGUAGGCACAGAAAACCCUCCUCGCGUUGAUGAAAUCCCCUUUCGCAGAAUGUCCACCAUGGGGAAGAAGUCAAUGCAGACUCUAACCAACGAGCAGCGUGCCUCAAAGGUGCUAGGCAUAGUCUUCCUCCUUUUUGUGGUCAUGUGGUGCCCCUUCUUCAUCACUAAUGUCACCUCUGUGCUAUGUACCAGCUGUGAUGUCAACAUCAUCGCUCGACUGAUGGAGAUCUUUGUGUGGGUGGGCUACGUGUCAUCUGGGAUUAACCCGCUGGUUUACACGCUCUUCAACAAGACGUUCAGGGAGGCAUUCACACGCUACAUUACCUGUAAUUAUAAGACCUGCACAAGUCAUCAGCUGGACAGAAAUCCAAAGGCAUCAAACACAGAUCGGACUCGUACAAGAAUUUCAUUCAGAUCUUCUAUGGCCGAAAACUCCAAACUCUUCAUGAAGAGGGGUAUGAGGAAUGGCAUUGGGGUAGUGAGCUACCAAAGUCCACUGAGAUGCCAACCACCUGCCCAGUCAUCUAGCGGUGUUGCGUUAGAUACAAUGCGCUUUCCUGACAACUACGACGCCAAGCAGGAAGAACAUGUAAGCCGUGUAUGAAGCUACAACAAUCCAAUCAACAUGAAAGCAUCAGCACCAAUUUCAAAAGCUGGACUGAUUGGAUUGUGUUUGGCUACCCCUUUGUGAUGUACUUCCCUUUUUAAACUAGACCAAUCUACAGGAGUUGACCUCACAAUUUUACAAUGUUACACGAAAAAGACAAAAUGCUAAAUAAAGCAUUAAGCCAUCUGAUGCCAAGGCCAAUUUUUUUUACAUCAGUCUCCCAUUUAGGAAAAUAGGAUACGGUUUCUGAUCAUUGUUAAAGAAAAACAAACAGCUAUUUAUUGUAAAAGUCAGCAUUUUGUCUUAUUAAACAGACCACUUACUACGCGACAAGACCAAAUUAACAAUGUCAAGUACAGUGGAACCUCAAUAAAACAGACAGCUAUCGGAUAAAACGGACUGCAGAGACUGAACAUGUCCAAAAAUAGUUUCCAUUUGUCACUUAAAAUGCCCUUGACAAAAUCUGUCAGUUCCAGAAUUGGCCGCUGUUGUUUACUGGCACUGUGGCACAAUGCAGGCAGAGAAUGGGGCUGAGGUUUUUCCGGGUCACAGGUAUACAAUAUGACUAGAUCUAUUUCCAAAAGAUGUACCCUCCAUGCCUACGUGGUGGCCAUGUUGAAUGUGGGGCAUUGACGUGGCGGCCAUAUGAUGGUUCUAUCUAUUGUCUACUAUACAUAAACUGCUGGCAGAGAGAGCGCAGCAUGGCUCUCAGGAAUACAAAACAAGUCUUUGGAGUCUGGAACAUCCUACUUUUGGCACAGGAACAGUUUUCUUUUGUCAAGCCGUUCAUCUUUGGCAAUAGAUUUGGAACUAGGAAACGCACCAAUUCCUCGCGGCUCAUGAAAGCGCCUCGUCUAUGAUGAGGCACUGUACGUCAACAAUGUCACCAUAACAAACAACACCGGUGUGGUAAGUUUGGAUCAAAUGUUAAACUUUCAAACAUUCUCAAGCUUAUUUUAUAUUUAGUUAGAAUAACUUCGUACUGUACUGAGAGAGU